UGUUGGUAACUUACCGAAGCACUUAAAGAAUUGUAACUGCGCGCGCUUGUAGAUUAGUGUUUGCGCGUGAAAUUAGGUGGCAACACAUUCCUCUACUGCUCCGAGGACAGGGCGCGCCACAGGAACGCGCUUUUGGCUUUCUUUAAAAUAUCAGGCAUAAGCCUAACAUUAUGAGGUGCUGCCAUGGCAGGCAAUGGUAAGACAGCUGCGAGGACGCUGGAGGAUUUAACGCUCGAUUCCGGUUAUGGUGGAGCGGCGGAUUCCUUCAGGUCGUCCAGCGUGUCGCUCUGUUGCUCGGACACGCAUCUGUCGUAUGCGCAUGGGGGCAACCGCUGGCAUCUGACUGAAUCCAUGCACAGCAGACACAACAGUUUGGACACGGUCAACACCGUCCUGGCGGAAGACACGGAGAUCCUGGAGUGCUCGGGCCAGUGCGCCAAAUUGCCCGAGCUGGAGGAGGACGUGCCGUGGAGUCUUGGAGAGGUGGAAGGCGCGCUGCGCAAAGACGAGGAUCUGUGCAUGGGGAACGCGUCGCGGGAGAUCCUAGCCAAACUCUCCGCGCUGGUCAGCCGCGCGCUGGUGAGGAUCGCCCGGGAGGCGCAGCGCCUGAGUCUGCGUUAUGCCAGAUGCACAAAGCACGAGAUCCAGAGCGCCAUCAAGAUGGUCCUGUCGUGGACCAUCUCCGUGAACUGCAUCACUGCGGCGCUCAGCGCAUUGUCGCUUUACAACAUGAACACGGGUGAUAAGUUCAGUCGGGGCAAGUCAACCAGGUGUGGACUCGUCUUCUCCGUAGGGAAGUUCUUCAGGUGGAUGGUGGAUAGCCGGGUGGCCCUGCGCAUCCACGAGCACGCUGCGAUCUACCUGAGCGCCUGUAUGGAGAGCCUGUUCCGAGAGGUGUUCAGUCGGGUGCUGAGGAGUGCGCUGGUAGAGAAGGAGAACGGAGUGCCAAAGUUUUCCGUGGAGUCCCUGGAACAGGCCAUAAAUAACGAUUCGGAGCUGUGGGGUCUUUUGCAGCCGUAUCAGCAUCUCAUUUGUGGCAAGAACGCAAGCGGUUUAUUGAGUCUGCCGGACAGUCUGAACCUGCACCGUGACCAGCAGCGAGCAGUGAAAACUGGAGAGGGCCAUGCCUACAGCCAGGCUGAACUCCGCACUAUUGAACAGUCCCUCCUGGCGACCCGCGUGGGGAGCAUCGCAGAGCUCAGUGACCUGGUGUCUCGUGCCAUGCAUCACCUUCAGCCACUGCACAUCAUGAACGCCAGCAAUGGAACGCCUGUACACCAGAACUGCACCGGCACCAUGCACUGGGAACCGGAAGCCCUCUACACACUCUGCUACUUCAUGCACUGUCCUCAGAUGGAGUGGGAAAACCCUAAUGUUGAACCCUCGAAGAUCACCCUGCACACUGAGAGGCCGUUCCUGGUGUUGCCUCCGCUGAUGGAGUGGAUCCGGGUGGCCGUGGCGCACACAGAACACCGCCGAAGCUUCUCUGUGGACAGCGACGAUGUACGACAGGCAGCCCGACUGCUGUUACCUGGGGUGGACUGUGAGCCGCGGCAGCUGAAAGCAGACGACUGCUUCUCUGCCACACGGAAACUGGACGCUGCAUCCACAGAAGCUAAAUUCCUGCAGGACCUGGGGUUCCGGAUGCUCAACUGCGGACGAACUGACCUGGUCAAGCAAGCGGUCAACCUGCUCGGGCCAGAUGGCAUCAACAGCAUGAGUGAACAGGGAAUGACCCCUCUGAUGUACUCGUGCGUCCGUGGGGACGAGGCCAUGGUGCAAAUGCUGCUGGACGCUGGAGCAGAUAUCAACAGUGAGGUGCCCAGCUCACUACACAAGCACCCCUCAGUUUAUCCUGACACCAGGCAGGGGACUCCACUCACAUUCGCCGUGUCACACGGACACGUCCCUGUCGUGCAGCUUCUGCUGGAUGCCCGAGCAAAUGUGGAGGGAGCGAUUCAAGAUGGCACAGAGAACUACACAGAGACGCCUCUACAGUUGGCAUCUGCGGCAGGCAACUUUGAACUGGUCAGUCUGCUUUUGGAAAGAGGAGCGGACCCUUUGAUUGGCACCACUUACCGAAAUGGCAUUUCUUCUGGUCCGCUGGGUGAAAUGAACUCGUACAGCCUGGCAGCAUCACAUGGACACAGAAACGUGUUCCGGAGGCUUCUGUCCCAGGUGGAAAAGGACAAGGGGGACGUGCUGUCUCUGGAGGAGAUCCUAGCCGAGGGCUCUGAGACCGUAGAGAGGAGAGUGCCACAGAACGAAGCCACUCUCCGGACAGGCAAGGCCAAACUAAGGGCCCUCCGCGAGGCCAUGUACCACAGUGCCGAGCACGGACAUGUGGACAUUACCAUAGACAUCCGCAGCCUGGGCGUGCCAUGGACCCUGCACACGUGGCUGGAGUCCCUGCGAACAUGCUUCGUGCAGCAGCGGCGGCCGCUGAUCCAAGGCCUGCUGAAGGACUUCAGCUGCAUUAAAGAAGACGAGUACACGGAGGAACUCGUCACGCACGGACUGCCACUCAUGUUCCAGAUCCUUCGAGCCAGCAAGAACGAAGUGCUCAGCCAGCAGUUGUCAGUCAUCUUUACCCAGUGCUACGGGCCUUUCCCAAUCCCCAAACUCACCGAGAUCAAAAAGAAGCAAACGUCUCGUUUGGAUCCACAAUUUCUCAAUAAUAAAGAGAUGUCUGACGUGACGUUUCUGGUGGAAGGAAAGCCCUUUUAUGCACAUAAAGUGCUGCUCUUCACUGCCUCACCAAGGUUUAAGUCUCUGCUCUCUAACAGACCAGCAGCUGAGAACACGUGCAUCGAGAUCAGUCAUGUCAAGUACAACAUUUUUCAGCUGGUAAUGCAGUAUCUCUACUGUGGUGGCACUGAGUCACUGCACAUCAGGAACACUGAAGUUAUGGAGCUCCUGUCUGCAGCCAAGUUCUUCCAACUUGAGGCUCUCCAAAGACACUGUGAAAUAAUCUGCUCCAAGAACAUCACCACUGACACCUGUGUGGACAUAUACAAACAUGCCAAGUUCCUGGGGGCUCUGGAGUUGGGAGGCUUCAUCGAGGGCUACUUCCUGAAGAACAUGGUGCUCCUGAUCGAGCUGGAGAACUUUAAGCAAUUACUGUAUGAGGUUCCUGCAGAGAGCCCCGGUCCAGGCCCAUCCUACGAUGUCCUCCAUGACCUGGAGAGAACCCUGGCCCUGCGGAUCCGCUCCAUCCAUCUCUCCACUUCCAAGGGCUCCAUCGUCUGACACUUUGGCCAAACUCACACCAACCGCUCCAUACAGCGCUUUCACCGAGAGCUCCAUUAAUUAUGUGCCAACUGGUUGGAGACAUUUCAA